AUGACUCAGCAGCUGUGUUCCGCAGCGCGAAUAUUGCGUCUACCCACAAUUGGAUAUCCACACGAUGGUGAUGUCUCUCCAUCUUCGCUCUGCGCUGAAGAUUACACAGAGGAGAUGGAGAACCUUGACAAGCUGGUGUCUAGGCUUGAGAAGGUCACCACAAAACUAGAAAGUCUGGGGGCUUCAAGACCACAGCUCGCUCCAAAACCUGCACACCUCGGUGGAAAUGGCGGUGGAUCUUCGGACGCUCCUCCUCAUGUGAAAGCCUAUGACACCGCGUUAUCAGAUGUGACUGAGAGAUGGUCUGCUUUAUCGAAACAAAUUGGCGGCGACGUUUUAACCAUGCAUGACAAAGUUACCCAUGUGUUUGACACGCUGAGAAACUUUCUGUGGACCGCUGCAGGUCGAACGGAACCUUCAGCUGAAGAAGUUCACAAACUCGUUGCUCCCAUGGUCAGUCUUCUGUCGGACAUCACUUCUUUCAAGGAUUCAAAGCGUAAUACCCCGCAAUUCAAUCAUCUGUGUGCGGUUGCAGAGGGAAUUCCAGCUGUCGGUUGGGUUCUUGUGAAGAAAACGCCGGCUCCAUAUGUCAAGGAAAUGUUGGAGGCAGCCAUGUUCUAUAUUAACCGCAUUCUCAAAGAGUUCAAAGAUGGCGAUCAGAAACAUGUGGAAUGGGCUCGAACAUGGAAAGAGUUGCUGGAAACAAUGCAGACAUUCGUUCGGCAGUACCAUACAACUGGCCUUACUUGGAACAGCGCUCCGGGUUGCGGAACGCCGCCAUCUGAAAACCGCAGCGCAACUGCUGACCAUGCUCCGACCGGCGGUCCUCCUGCUCCUCCUCCUCCGCCUCCUCCUUCUUUCCUUAUGGAUACGUCAUCGUCAUCUCCUUCCUCCGCCGAUAGCAAAGCAAGCAGGGACGCAUUAUUUGCCGAGCUCAAUAAGGGUGAAGCCAUUACUGCUGGGCUCAAAAAAGUGACGGCUGACAUGCAGACGCAUAAGAAUCCUACUCUGCGUGGACAUGAGCCUCCGGUCGUACAUCAUGGUGCACAUUCUCAGCAGAAGCAGGUUGCUGCUUCUGCACCGAUCCAUCAUCCUCCAGUGAUUGAACUCAAGGAUGGCAAAAAAUGGGACGUGGAGUACGUUGUUGGUAAUCCUAAUGUGGUCGUGAACGCUACGGACAAAAAACAAAGCAUUUAUAUCUAUAAAUGCCAGGACUCCGUGAUUGUAGUGAAAGGUAAGGUAAAUUCCAUCACACUGGAUAGUUGCAAGAAAACCUCCGUUGUGUUUGAUGCGAUUGUAGCUCAAUGUGAAUCUAUCAAUUGUCAGAGCAUUCAGCUCCAGAGCCUUGGGGAGAUGCCUACUCUUUCCAUACAGAAGACCGAUGGAUGUCAAGUAUAUCUUAGCGAAGCCUCGAAGUGUGCAGAGAUAGUCACUAGCAAGUCCAGUGAAAUGAACGUGCUGAUCCCUACUUCAGAUGGUGAUUUCACGGAGUUUCCUGUGCCAGAGCAAUUCAAAACUACAUUUGAUGGGAAGAAACUGGUAACAUGCGUGUCUGACAUUGUCUGAUGAUAAACUCUUCAUCCCGUAAUAUGUGUGACCUUCCUUACUCGUAAUCUUUAUUUAAUACUACCCUUCGUUUAUUUGUCAUAUUACUGCUUGUGCCUUUAGCAGCUUAAACUCAAUUUACAAUUCUUUCGGUUUCAAUCCCAAAAGAGAUCUGAAGUCUGAGGUGUGCGCCUAGCUUUAACAUUAACUCCUGGUUGGACAUCUGGCAAUAGCAUAAGCAUAAGCGAGGUACUUUAUCUACUUGCAUUUGUUGUCAUGAAUCGCGUUCCGUACUAUCCAUGCUUGUAUUUUGUGUUAGAUACAGAUUCGCGCUCAAUUUGCAAUUGUUGUUAUUAUCUAUCGCUAUUGUUUGUAAAUCUCAGCAUUGUCGACAGGUAGCUAAUCCUGUCUUUAGUAAAUGGUUUCUAAUCGGUCU